GCUCCUCCCCCGCCGGGGCGACUGGGCGGGACCGCCCGAGGGGCUGCGCGCCGCGGCGGUGGUACAGCCUGGAGCGGCCGGCGGCUGCGGCGGCCGGGGACCCUGGACCCCUCCCCACGGCGAGAAGGAAGGAAGGAGCCAAGUCCCCCUCCCAAGGAUGACACUAAACACUCAGCAAGAAGCAAAGACCCCCCUGCAUCGUCGAGCCAGCACUCCUCUGCCCCUGUCCCCCCGGGGCCACCAGCCUGGCCUCCUGUGCGCAGCGCCCUCCACGCAAUCCCAGCAUCCCCGGCUGGGCCAAUCAGCCUCCCUCAACCCUCCCACCCGGAAACCUUCACCUGCCCCCAACGGUUGGUCCUCUGAAUCCAGCGACUCUGAAGGCUCCUGGGAGGCCCUCUACCGCGUGGUACUGCUUGGAGAUCCUGGCGUAGGGAAGACCAGCCUGGCCAGCCUCUUUGCAGGGAAGCAAGAGCGGGACCUCCAUGAACAGCUGGGAGAAGAUGUGUACGAGAGGACCCUCACAGUGGAUGGAGAGGACACCACGCUGGUGGUCAUGGACACCUGGGAGGCUGAGAAACUGGAUGAAAGCUGGAGCCAGGAGUCAUGCCUGCAGGUGGGCAGUGCCUAUGUCAUUGUGUACUCCAUCGCGGACAGAGGCAGCUUCGAGAGUGCCUCUGAGCUCCGCAUUCAGCUGCGGCGCACACAUCAGGCGGACCACGUGCCCAUCAUCCUGGUGGGCAACAAGGCGGACCUGGCACGCUGCCGGGAAGUCUCCGUGGAAGAGGGCCGCGCCUGCGCUGUGGUGUUCGACUGCAAGUUCAUCGAGACGUCGGCCACGCUGCAGCACAACGUGGCCGAGCUCUUCGAGGGCGUGGUGCGCCAACUGCGCCUGCGCCGCCGGGACAGCUCAGCCCGGGAGCCCGCGGCGCCCAGACGACGGGCGAGCCUCGGCCAGCGCGCUCGCCGCUUCCUGGCCCGCCUGACGGCCCGCAGCGCCCGGCGCCGGGCACUCAAGGCCCGCUCCAAGUCCUGCCACAACCUGGCCGUGCUCUGAGGCCGCCCGCCCUCCCAGGUAUGGCGGGACACUGGGGUGCACUCUGGGCUCCACUGACGCCACCAACGCCACCGAGGAGCAGAGGCGCGGUGGCCUGGAGGCUGCAUCGUGGUACUUGCUUGCCCGCUGCCCCGACGGUCGGAGCAUCUCCCAGACCCGCAACUUGGGGGACCCCUCCGCCCUCGGGGAAGCCGUGGACUGUGGGGCCGAAGCCCAAGCUGGGCACAGAGUAGGGUUUUUUACGUAGUGCGCGUCUUUUUGUAAAAAUCUUCCCUGUCCCUGGGCUCCGGCCACCUCUUAGAAACCCUCCACAAUAAACCAGACCAGAAGGAUGUCCUGUCUGAUGCCCAGACCUCUUCUUUUGGGCUCUUCCAGGCUUCUCCGCCUCCCGCUCUCCCAUCUACACUGGCUGCAGACUGGGUUAGCCAGGUGACCUGUGUGUCAGGGUCAGUCAAUAAAAGCAUUGGACCAAUUGU